AUGAAGAGGAGGUUAGAACUCAAUGAUCAAGCUGGGAUUAAUGUGAGUAGAAAUUUUCGGUCCUUGGUCGGUGAAGCAAAUGGGUAUGAGAAUCUCACAUUUGGAGAAAAAGACUGCAGAAACCACAUAGACAAAGUAAGACAAUUACGACUUGGGACAGGAGAUGCUGAAGCAAUACAGAAAUACUUUGUUAGGAUGCAAAAACAAAAUAGUCAAUUUUAUUAUGUAAUGGAUGUCGAUGAUGAAAGUCGAUUACGAAAUGUGUUUUGGGCAGAUGCAAGAUGUAGGGCCGCAUAUGAAUAUUUUGGCGAAGUCAUAUCUUUCGACACCACUUACUUAACAAAUAAAUAUGACAUGCCUUUUGCUCCUUUUGUUGGCGUAAACCAUCAUGGUCAGUCGAUGUUGCUAGGUUGUGCUCUGUUGUCAAAUGAGGAUACUGAAACUUUUACUUGGUUGUUUAAGACUUGGUUAGAAUGUAUGCAUGGACGUUCUCCAAAUGCCAUAAUCACUGAUCAAGACGGAGCAAUGAAAAAGGCAAUUGAGGUUGUCUUUCCGAAGGCUCGUCAUCGGUGGUGCUUAUGGCAUUUAAUGAAAAAGAUUCCAGAAAAGUUUGGUAGACACUCUGACUACGAGUCUAUCAAAACACUUUUGCAUGAUAUUUUGAAAGGGUUAUUUGUUGAACGGCAUCGUUGGGUUCCUGCAUAUGUAAGGGACACAUUUUGGGCUGGAAUGUCAACUACACAACGAAGUGAAAGUAUGAACUCAUUUUUUGAUGGAUAUGUGACCUCAAAGACAACACCGAAGCAAUUUGUUGAGCAGUAUGAUAAUGCAUUGAAAGAUAAAAUUGAAAAGGAAAACAUUGCCGACUUUCGUUCGUUUAAUACGGUUAUUGCUUGUAUUAGUCACUUUGGCUUUGAGUUCCAAUUCCAAAAAGCCUUUACCAAUGCAAAGUUUCAGGAAUUCCAAUUGGAAAUAGCUUCUAUGAUGUACUGUCAUGCAUGUUUCAACAGAUUGGAGGGUUUGGAUUCAAUAUUUUCUGUUACAGAAAGUAAGAAAGUAUAUGACAAGAUGAAAGAUAUUGUGUUCAUGGUGCUCUUCAAUGAAAAAGACUUCAUGUUAAAAUGCACCUGCCACUUGUUUGAAUUUAAAGGCAUUUUAUGUAGGCACAUCCUUUGUGUGCUUAAGCUCAUAGGGAAAACAGAUUUCGUGCCAUCUAAUUAUAUUUUGGCACGGUGGAGGAAAGAUAUAAAGCGGAGGUAUACACUUAUUAAAUGUGGUUUUGAUAAUUUGGUUGGAAAAACUGAAUUGCAACGUGUUGAUAAAGCUUGUGACGCCUUUUAUGAAUUUGCUUCAACAAGGAUAAAUAGUGAAGAUGAUUUAGUGAAAGUGAUGAACUGGAUUCAAAACAUGAAAAUUGAGUUACCAUGUAAUGAAACAUCUCCUAGAAUUAUAGAAGAAGACUGUUCAGUUCAAAGCCAAGCUACCAUUCUUGAUCCUAAACUGGCUCGAAGUAAAGGGCGUCCUCCUUCGAAAAGGAAGACAUCUAAAUUUGAUCAGAUUGGCCCAUGCAUAUCUAGAGGUCAAGAAAUCGAAUAUGAAGUGUGUUACAGAUCUCAACUUGGAGAUGGAAUUGGCACACAAGAGAGCAUUCAAGUAAACAAAGAAUAUUCUAGUCAAGAGCAGAACAAUGUACGGAGUGGUGAAAAUGGUAGUGUAAAUACUGUAGCUCCCUUCAAUCCAAAUCAAGAAUAUCUUGGUGAAGAAAACAAGGCUCCUUAUUAUUCUGAGGUCAUAAACCAUAAUGCUGCUUGUUCAGAUCUGUUACAGUCAUGGUAUGAGGGUCUGCAUGAUUUGCAGUUUGGGUGA